AUGGCGUACCUGGACUUUGCGCUGCGGGGUGUUGGCAUCUUUGGCAGCGGCGCCUUUUUUGGCAUGGUACUGUCGAUUCCUACCGUCACGCUCCCGAUGCUUCUUCGCCACAAGGACAUUACUACUCGUCAACGCGUUGAACUAUGGAAUGACCUCAACACCCUCGUGGACCAGCGUUGGGUGCCCUUCGGUUUGCUGUCGUCGGUCACCUUUGGGGUUGCUGCCCACUAUACCCAAUGCGACAAGACGCUUCCUACGGCUGCGGCCGUCUCGAUGUUUUCCCUCGUGCCCGUGACGGUCGCCUUUGUCGUCCCCUAUGUGAACAAGCUGAGGUCGUACCUCAAAGGCGGCGUCCUCAGCGACGACGAGGUGCUCAAGACGCUGCGCACCUGGGGCAAAGUGCAUUUGCUGCGCACGGUGUGUGCCGGCCUUGCCACUGCGAUCGGACUGUACGACGUAGUGAGUCUCGUGUCCAAGUAA